AUGCCAACAGAAAUUGAAAAUUUAAAUCCGAGCGUCUACGGCAAGAUCAAGGAGCGACAAAUAACAGCAAAAGAUGAGGACGAAAGCAUUGUGGAUCCCUUCGACAAACGAGAGAUUUUUGAUCUCAUAAGGAAUAUCAAUGAUCCGGAGCAUCCAUUGUCGCUGGAGGAACUGCACGUGGUGCAGGAGGAGCUGAUAAACGUUAGCGACAAACAGAAUUCGGUGCACAUCAAUUUUACACCCACAAUCCCCCACUGUUCGAUGGCCACGUUAAUUGGACUCUCCAUACGGGUGAAGUUGCUGCGGUCGCUGCCACCUCGCUUCAAGGUGACCGUGGAGAUAACGCCGGGAACGCAUGCCUCCGAAUUGGCUGUGAACAAACAGCUGGCGGAUAAGGAGCGCGUCGCCGCUGCACUGGAGAAUCAACAUCUCGCCGAGGUCAUAAAUCAAUGCAUCUCGGCAAAGGGCUAAAUUUGCAAAGUGUGUUUUGUGUUUUUGUUUAUGUCAAUAGAAAAUAGAAUAUAUUUCUUAGCA